GGGUCCGGGUCCAUCGCCACCGCCAAUGGGUGAUGAGAGAUACUCAGAGACCCGCGAUGUGACACGUGUACGUUAUCCCAGCACACUGGUGCAGAAAAUCCCAGUGGUUCUUCUUCCUCUUUUUAGAGAGAGAAAGAGAGAGCAUGGGCACCUCUGUAAUCUCCGCACCCUGGUCCUCAGUUGUUGCAGAUUCUUCUCCUUCUCUCUCUAGGACCCAAAAUCCAAGGAUCAGACUCACUCCCCAAAACCAAACGUUAUCUCUCAACAGUCUCUCCAGGCGUUCUCUCUUCUUCUCUGUCCCCUCCUCUUCUCUCAUUUUCCUUCUUUCUCUUUCUACAAAACCGCUCCUCUCUGCUCCGUUUGACCCACUAACCCCUUCUGAGAAGAAGGCUAGCAUAGCCCUCUCCGAGAGGGUUUCUGAUGCCCUAAAAUUGCUGGAUAAAGGCAGAGAAUUACAGGCUCAAGGAAACUUCCAACAAGCCCUGAAUUACUUCACGCAGGUGGUCCAAGAGUACAGUGACUUUGCUUUAUCAGACUAUGCGAGGGUCGGGAGAGCAUUGGCUCUAUAUGAGGUUGGUGAUAGAGAUGAAGCCAUUGCUGAAAUGGAAGAUGUUUCCAUAUCCCUGAAAGGAUAUCCAGAGGUCCAUGCAGCUCUGGCAGCAGCAUUGUAUGUGGACAAGCACGCUGCUUUGCUCGCUGAGAACCAGUUUACAAUCGCUACUCUACUCGACCCACACUACACAGACAUCUCAUAUGUUAGAGAAAUGAAGCAUUGGCCUCCGAGUCUCGUUGCUUCUUUACGACGGUUUAUCACUCUAACCUAGGCCUGUUAUGAUUAUAAAGCUGUAUUAUAGUGAUGAUAGCUGUAUUAUGGAGAUUACCAGUUUGGUAAUCUCUUGUGGCUAGUGCCAUAGAACAUCAUAAAGCUUUUAUUCCCAUGGUUUCAAAAUAUCAAACAACCCGAACAGGAGAGGAAAACAAUGUUCCCCCUUGUUCAAAAUAGAAUCUUAUAGUGAUUUAAAGUUUGUUGUAAAAAGAUCCCUUGAUUGUAUGAAUAGUGAACUGUAAGUAUUCUCCUAUUGCAGUAUCUGUGCUAUUCGCUGGAACUUUGUUU